AUGGAGCAUAUUCGCAAAACAAAGAAAAAGUUGGGUGUUGGGGCGAGAGGUAUUGUGUAUGAAGGUUACGAUGAAGAGCGUGGCCGUUUCGUCGCAAUAAAAGAAAUUCCAUUCUACGACGGUGGUCAUAGUUGCUGUGAGAGCCCCCACAGUAGUCAUAGCAGUCUUAGUAGUAGUCAUAGUAGUAGUCAUGGUAACAACCAUAAGAACCAUAGUUUUAGUCAUGCUGAAUCUGAGGAGGAUCCAAUAUUAGCAGAGGAACGUCGUGCAAUUGUGCGUGAGAUUAGUCUCAUGGAACGUUUUGAACAUCCAAAUCUCGUUACUUAUUAUGGAGCCAGACGCAGUACGGUAGGUGUACAGAUUAUAAUGGAAUAUGUAAAUGGUGGUUCAUUGGAUGCGUUAAUUCGUCGUCAUGGUUGUCUGCGUGAGAGUGUGGUGCGAUCGUACACCCGUGAUAUUCUUGAGGGAUUGGCGUACUUGCAUGAUACCGCCCGUGUUUGUCAUCGGGAUGUGAAGCCGGGAAAUGUUCUCAUCACAGCCGAUGGACGGUGUAAGUUAACAGACUUUGGUGUGAGUAAGUUGUUGGAUGAUAAUGGCACAAUGCGAACAACAGUGGGAACACCAUGGUAUAUGGCCCCAGAGGUAAUUAACGGCACAAUAGAAGAAGAGGAAGUGGAAGAAGGAGAAGAAGUGGAGGAAAUAGAAGACGAUAUCCAUACAUCUAAUCAUCAUAUGAAUAAUAAUAAUAAUAAUAAUAAUAAUAAUUCGCUGCAAACGCCCAGAAGGCGAAAAGGUAAAAAACGAAGUUACACCACCGCGGCGGAUAUUUGGAGUCUUGGCGUCACUGUCUUUGAAAUGAUAUCCGGACGAAAACCGUUCGGACACGAAAUGAAAGCCCCGGCGGCGGUUCUCUUCGCGAUUGUCUCCACCACCAACGGCACUCCGCCGCGGCUGCCGGAGACGUGUGAGGCCUCCCCGUCGCUGCGGGGGUUUUUGGAUCUCUGUUUUGUGCGGGAUGCCCGACGGCGGCCCACCGCGCGGGAACUGCUCGCCCAUCCAUGGUUCCUCGAGUCAAAGAGCCCCAGCACAGUGGCUUCACCCAAAAAGACAUCCAUCGCGAAUACAAAUACGAAUACAAACAACAAUAAUAACAAUAGCAAUAACAAUAACAACACAACAACAACAACGCGUAGAGAAAGUAGUUCCAGCAGCCGUAGAAGAAUAGAUGCAGCCUCUCUACGCCCCAAACAACCACAACAACAACAACAAUUACAGUUAUCAUCACUUUCCAUGUUGGAUACAGCAGAUUUAUUUAAUGAUGGAAUGGAACCACGACGUGUCUCUAUAACGCCCUUAUCGCAGCGCUGUGUGCGGCCCGCACAAUUGUCCAGUGAGAUAAUGAAUGCCGUGGCGUCUGCGAAGAUGAGUUUCAGUAGUGCCCGUGAUUCUCAAGGCGGCUUUUGGAGCUCCGAUGGACACUACGUCGAUCUCAUCGACACUUCUCCCCUCACAGCUCUGCCCCUACAAAGAAGGGAAACGAAGUGA